ACUGAACUGAAUUUAGCCGAUCGCCGAUCAUUUUCUCAAGAUUUAAAACAAAGCAAAGAUCUGAAGUGGAGGAUCGUAUGGUACUUGAUUUCUUCAUUUGUCAUCUCUGCAUUUCAGUGGUGGUUGCAAAUACUCAGUUGGUGAGUUUCUAGGAAAAGUGGCGCUCGGGUCACCAUGGCCACGGGCAACCCUCGCAACAAGGUGGCCCUGGCGCCGGGCCGAUCGCUCAUGGACUGGAUCCGGCUCACCAACAGCGGCGUCGACCUGACGGGCGUGGGCGGCCGUCGGCGAGAGGUCACCAAGGACGAGCUGGCGCGCCACAGCCGUCCCGGCGACCUGUGGAUGGCGCUGCGCGGCCAGGUGUACAACGUGACCCGCUACGUGGAGUACCACCCGGGCGGCGCCGACGAGCUGAUGCGCGCCGCCGGCGCCGACGGCACAGAGCUCUUCGACUCGGUGCACCGCUGGGUCAACUACGAGGGCAUGCUCAGCAAGUGCCUGGUGGGCAAGUACGUCGGCGAACAGUCGCUGGCCAAGUCACUGAUCCGCAAGGCGCUGGGUGUGGGCGGCGGCGGCGGCGGCAGUAGCGGCAACUCGCUGGCGCCUCCCCCCGGCCCGGUCUCGCUGCGUCCCCCGGCGCCGGCGCCCGCGCGGCCCCCGCCGCGGCCGGCGGCCGGGCCCGACUUCGACUGGUUCCAGAGCCCCCAGCAGCUGCACCUCAUCACCUACUGCCGGCAGCCGGGGCUGACUGCUGACGACGUCAGCGUGCGACUGACGGGCCGCCGGCUGCUGUGCCGCGUCUACCUGCGCGACUCUGUGUUCACCCUGCACUGGGAGCUGCCGGAGGACGUCAGUCCGGACGCGCAGACCUCCGUGUCGCCGGCCGGGAAGGUGGAAAUUGUGCUGGAGAAGCGGCGCGCCGCCCAGUGGGCCAGCACGGGCCGCGUGCUGGCCGGACACCGUACCAGCACGCCGCUGGCCCAGUUCUGCCCCGAGUUCGUGUCGUUUGUGCUGGUCGAGCGGCGGCCGGUGAGCCACGACACGCGCCUGCUGCUGCUGCAGCCGCCGGCCGGCUGCUCGUUGCGGGUGCCGCUCGGUUUCCACGUGUUCGUGCGGCGGACGGUGUGCGGCGCGCAGCUGGAGCGGCCCUACACGCCCGUGCCGGAGAGCGUGGGCGAGGCGGCGGCGGCGUCGGCGGCGGCCGAACGCCAGCUGUGUCUGAUGGUGAAGGUGUACCCGGACGGCGUGCUGACGCCCCAGCUGGACGCGCUGCGACUCGGACAGACACUGGAGGUCAGUGAGCCGGUGGGCACGUUCCGGCGCCGGCCCCAGGACGUGGCCGAGCUGGUGGCACUGGCGGCCGGCACCGGGCUGACGCCGAUGGUGGGCCUGGUGCGCGCCGUGCUCGACCAGUCGGCGGAGGCGCCCGUCCGACUGGUGACGUUUGUCCGCCGGCAGCGCGACCUGCUGUGGCCCGACCAGUGGGCGGCGCUGGCCGAGCGCCAGGCGCGCUUCAGCGUACUGCACGUGCUCUCGGAGGAGGAGGCGGAGAGCGCGUGGAGCGGCCGGCGCGGCCGGGUGUCGGCGCCGCUGCUGGAGGAGCUGAUACCGGAGCCGGCGCGGCCCGGACUGCUGGUGGCCGUCUGCGGACCCACGGCCUUUUCGGCCGCCUGCAGUCGGCUGCUGGCAGAGCUCGGGGUGCCCGACCAACAGGUCCACGUGUUUGAUGGCUAGGCAGAGCUGCAGCCGUGAAGGGAAUCUUGCGAUUCAUGAUAUUGGCCCGGGCGCUGAAACAACGUAGAUGUCAGACUGAGUUUAAGUUGGCGUUGCUGCCAGAUGGUUCCAGCGUUUCAGCGAGUUUGCUUUGCCUUUGGCAAGACCAAGCUAUUAAGAAAUAUUCAGCAUUCAUAAGUCUUCAGCGUUAAUGUGACAUGACGUUUUUAAACCUAACAUUUUAAACCGUGAUUUGGCCAGUGUUACGUUUCGUAGUUCCUUUUUACAGUGCUGGGCCGAUGCUGCCUUAGUAUUUUUUCACUAGGGAUGCUAUCAGAUAGGAGUGAGAUCGCGCCCACGGUCGCCGCGCUGUACUCGAUAUUUUAUGUGCGACGUGUGUCCAGUCGUGCUGCUGGCCUGCCACUGAACCAAUUCACAAUGUGGGACGGAUGAGGUGGUUCAUGAAGAUGCCCGGUGGGUAUACGUAUGACGCUGAUAUGAGAGUGCGAACAAACGCCUGUAGUCUUAGUCAAAGCUCCAUAACUAUCGGAUCACAAACGGAUGUUUGUACCGUUGAGAUUGACAGAUGUCUCAUUGAGAUUCUCCUGGAGGUGAUUUUUUACGAGCAGUUAACGCAAAUGACCCAAAACUCCAUAAGUCAAUCGAACAAUCAGGCAACCGCAUAAAUGUGUGCGUGACGGGCCGUGUAGAUCUUUUGUGGCUCUGGUUAAUGAUUCCGGCGAUUGGAUUGUUUGGUGCCGUUAGCGUUGGUGACUGGUGACCGGCAGAGUAGCCGACGUCCUCGGUGCCGUUUAGUGUUGGUGUUUGUUGUUAUAGGUACACUGGAGACUGCCUCAGCCGGUCGCCGCUGUGGCAGUGUUUAUCCGUUGUCGUCUGUGGUCUAAUGUUACUGAAUAUCGCUUUGUUCGGUGCCAGCUCGUCGUCUUCACGGGAUUUGGGUCGUCACAGAACAUUGUCAAAAUAGGUACCUCUGCAACUAUUCUCAUGUUCGUGGUGUCCGUUUGCCCGUGGCUGCUGCGGCGGCAUGAUAUCUUGCUACUCUGUGUAGCAUCAACAAACAGUUGUGUUCCAUUUAUAAACGCAGUCUCCCACCGCACGUUUCCUAGGACAGAGCUGACACCCCACCUAUCACGCUCGCGAUAGACGUCGCUCUGCGCUCCGUUAGGUUUGCCGCCCGUAUCGGCAUUUCGCUGGGUUUUUGUCGCCGUGUUACGGCGCUGAGCGGCACGCUCGACCCACUCAGGAGCCUGCCUUGUCAGCGGGCGGGCCGUCGUCCGUGUGCCGGCGGCGCCCCCGCCCCCGCUCCCGCUCCGUGUCGUGUCGGGGCGACCGCGGCGGACCGUGCGUGUGCGGGCGAGAGUGCCGCCGCGGGUAGACUGUCCGGCCAGAGGUGCGUCGUGUGGUAAUAAAUGACGUGACGGCAGUACCAGCA